AUGGCUGUGAGGAAAGAUCGACAAAUAAAACAACGCCACAGGGAAAUUCAAAAAAAUGCCGGAAAAUAUUAUAGCCAGAAAAUCCGACACUAUCGCACCCUCUAUUGCAUUGCACUGUCAGAGCUCAUCGACUACUACAGAUCUGUCGGUGAUCUACUUGAGGCUGUCAUCGAUGCUAGAACAACCAAGGGCCCAGGAGUUGUACAACUGGCAUAUUUCAAUACGGAGAAUGGAAUGUCAGAGUUCUGCUCGGUAGAAGAGGUAGAAAGACCAAGAUGCUUGAAGCUCACAAAGACCAACAUCGAUGACAACAACCGAGAAGAAGUCGUACUGCGCAUUCAGGGUAUCAUUUGUGGUUCAAGCCUCCCACCGGUCAAACAGCCGUUUAAAAUAUGCCCAAACAAGUUUAAGCCUCAUAACAUACAUGUUUUUGAGAGAUCGCUACCCCACAACACCAUGGAAGAGUGGGUUCCCAGUUACUACGAAACAUUUGAAGCGUUGGAUAUGGGCAACCGCUAUUUCACUGACCGGCGUGACAUAAACGGUGACACUCCUAUUUCCUUCGGCACUGAAAUCGACCCCGACAAUAUACUUACCGAUGCAUUGUCCAACGAAUUCGUUCACCUCCAAGAAAACAAGGUUGAAUACUAUGAAGCGCAACAAGGAUCCGAUAGUGUUAUACGAUACUACAAAAUCAACCCAACGAAGAUACGAACAGGAGACAUUGUGGAAGCGCAGGUAUCAUUUGUUGCCAUACCGCUUAAGCAGAAAAAAUACAAGUCCACUACGAGUAAGCCUGCCUCCCCAGAUUAUCCUAUGCAAAACAACACUUAUGAGAAACAGAACGCAAGUAUUGCGCGUCGCAUGAGCCGAGGCGCUGAACCGCGUCGAGCCAGCCAGUCUCUAAAGCGGAAGAUUGGAUACGAAGAGGAUGAGGUGCAUAACACCAGGGAGAAGUUGAGCAGGAUGCAUCUGGACUGA